AUGUCAAGGGCGUUGGAGCCUCUCGUUGUGGGGAAGGUGAUUGGUGAGGUGCUGGACAGCUUCAACCCCACCGUGAAGAUGACGGCAACCUACAGCUCCAACAAGCAGGUGUUCAACGGCCAUGAGUUCUUCCCCUCGGCCAUCGCCGCUAAGCCGCGUGUCGAGGUUCAGGGGGGCGACCUUAGAUCCUUCUUCACAUUGGUGAUGACUGACCCUGAUGUGCCAGGACCCAGUGAUCCGUACCUGAGGGAGCAUCUUCACUGGAUUGUUACUGAUAUCCCUGGGACUACUGAUGCUUCUUUUGGGAAGGAGGUGGUGCACUACGAGAGCCCAAAGCCAAACAUCGGCAUCCACAGGUUCAUCCUCGUGCUGUUCCAGCAGACGCACCGGGGCUCGGUAAAGAACACACCAUCGUCGAGGGACCGCUUCAGGACCCGCGAGUUCGCCAAGGAUAACGAGCUCGGCCUCCCUGUCGCCGCUGUCUACUUCAACGCGCAGCGGGAGACCGCCGCCCGCCGGCGAUAG